AUGGCGGGGGUGCGAGGAGCCGUUGCGAGCCACGAGAACACGGACCAAUCGGCGUCGGCGACAGUGUGGAACGCGGUUGCCAGGAGGCGGGACGCGGCGGCGUGCCAGCCUAGCCACUCUAGCGACGGCGGGGAAGAGUGUGUACGUGGUGGGGGCUUCCUCGGUGGCGGGCAUGGAGGCUUCGCGCUGCCGGCUCAGUCCCAGCGGCGACAGGUUAAGCGAUCCUCCCACCUCAGCAUCCCUAGUAGCUGGGACCACAGUGUCUUCCAUGAAGAAAUGAUGAAGAUGCGACAGGCUAAGCUGGAUUAUCAGAGGCUACUACUUGAGAAGAGGCAAAGGAAAAAGCGCCUUGAGCCAUUUAUGGUGCAGCCCAAUCCAGAAGCCAGGCUACGUCGGGCAAAGCCAAGGGCCAGUGAUGAGCAGACUCCCUUGGUGAACUGUCAUACUCCCCACAGCAAUGUCAUCUUACAUGGUAUUGAUGGUCCAGCUGCUGUCCUGAAACCAGACGAAGUUCAUGCUCCAUCAGUAAGCUCCCCUGUUGUGGAAGAAGAUGCUGAAAACACCGUGGAUACUGCUUCCAAGCCAGGACUUCAGGAGCGUCUCCAAAAGCAUGAUAUCUCUGAAAGUGUGAACUUCGAUGAGGAGACUGAUGGAAUAUCCCAGUCAGCAUGUUUAGAAAGACCCAAUUCUGCGUCCAGCCAGAAUUCAACCGAUACAGGCACUUCCGGUUCUGCUACUGCAGCCCAACCAGCUGAUAACCUCCUGGGAGACAUAGACGACCUGGAGGACUUUGUGUAUAGUCCUGCCCCUCAAGGUGUCACAGUAAGAUGUCGGAUAAUCCGGGAUAAAAGGGGAAUGGAUCGGGGUCUCUUCCCCACCUACUAUAUGUACUUGGAAAAAGAAGAAAAUCAGAAGAUAUUUCUUCUUGCAGCUAGAAAGCGGAAAAAGAGCAAAACAGCCAACUACCUUAUCUCCAUUGAUCCAGUUGAUUUAUCUCGUGAAGGAGAAAGUUAUGUCGGCAAGCUUAGAUCCAACCUCAUGGGGACCAAGUUUACAGUUUAUGACCGUGGCAUCUGCCCCAUGAAGGGCCGGGGUUUGGUAGGAGCGGCCCACACCCGGCAGGAGCUGGCUGCCAUCUCCUAUGAAACGAACGUACUUGGAUUUAAAGGUCCUAGGAAAAUGUCUGUGAUCAUUCCUGGAAUGACACUGAAUCAUAAGCAGAUCCCAUAUCAGCCACGAAACAACCAUGACAGUUUGCUCUCAAGGUGGCAGAACAGAACUAUGGAAAAUCUGGUUGAGCUGCACAACAAGGCCCCCGUCUGGAACAGUGACACUCAGUCCUAUGUCCUCAACUUCCGUGGCCGGGUCACUCAGGCGUCUGUGAAGAACUUCCAGAUAGUCCACAAAAAUGACCCUGAUUAUAUAGUCAUGCAGUUUGGACGUGUGGCAGAUGAUGUGUUCACACUGGACUACAACUACCCACUUUGUGCAGUACAGGCCUUUGGCAUCGGUCUUUCUAGCUUUGACAGAGUGCCUCUCACAGCUAUAUGACUACGGAUCCAUUAGUGAGGAGCGACACACACACCUGUAGGCAUCCUGUGCAAAUACUUUGUCAUUAUCAAGAGAGAUGGCAGUAUUGACCAUUUAGUUUAGUUAAAAAAAAAAAAAAAAAGGUGGCAGGAGAGGCUUUGGGGAGGAUCAGCCAGCAGACAUGAGCACUGCUGGCCCGUGCGGCAGAGCUGUGGACUUUCUUCUCGGCUCCCUCAACCCUGGCUCAGGCACAGAAGGUGUUUUGCUACGUUUUUUUGAUUAUUACACCCCUCCACGUAUUAUGUGACUCUUACACCAGUUCACCCUUCCCAGAACGUAUCCAAACCUUGAGAAUGCAGGAGCUCUGUGAGCUCCACCGUCAGCACCAUUCAGCUGCAUCCCUUGUGCACAGAACUGUUUGCCAGCGUUGGGUGGGACACCCAUGGCGGCUGCUCCCUCAGACCUCCCUUCUGUGGACUGACCUCUCACCUCCGCCUGUUGUUCCUGCACCACAUCAGAUAAGCAUGUGAAGGAGAGCCAGCUGGCAGCUGCGGGACCCUUGGCUUGUCCCCCACCGACAAGUCCCACCUGCUGGGUGAGGACGAGACUGUUUCCAUCUCAGGCAUGUAUCCCACCAAGUGCCUCCCUCACAGCCAUGCCCAGAAGCCUCACACCUCGUCACCACCACCACCCCCCACCCCAUCCUGAGGCACUGCCUGGCAGAUCACCCUGGUUGGCCACAGAAGCUAUUAAUACACGACAGCAUGUGGGGAAGGACUUACGGUGGGCCAGGUGGACCUCAUCCUGCUUCUUCCUCCCUCUGGUUUAAAGAGAUAUGUAAACUAAUUUCACAUAAUUUGUGUGUGCAGGUGAUUGGUUUUUACAUAAGUCCUAUUUAUACCUUUUAUAUGUUACAGAAAUAAAAGUUAAUUUAUAUAAAAA